CUGACGGCGCAUUGACAUGUGACCAUCCAGAUAACAGUUACACAACUCACAACUGGUAUUUCGGCGGGGAAGACAGUCACAUUUGUUUCUAUCCGCGCAUUGGUGCCGUCCAGCAGCCAUAACUCGGACAAAACAGUUAGCAUUCUGUGACAUACAAGCAGCGAGCUGUAAUCAUGAUGAAAACUGGCCUACUUGGGUUGUUGUUCUUUGUAAUGCUGGGAAUGUCCGCGGCCCAGGUCCCAGGUAGGGGUGAAUGUCCUGACAUCCAGGUACAGCCGAACUUCAAGAAGGAAAAGUAUGUUGGUACCUGGUACGAAUAUGAACGAUUCUUCGCUGCCUUUGAACUGGGAGGUAUUUGUGGUCAGGCCAACUACACUGCAAAACCAGACGGCCACAUCAGAGUGUUGAAUAUUGGAUUUAAUGAAUGGACGAAGAAGGUGACAUCUGCUGAGGGGGAUGCGUAUGCCCCAGACCCAAGUGUUCCAGCCAAAUUGGUUGUAUCUUUCCCAGGGGUUCCAGGACCAUUUGCCAAGGGAAACUACUGGGUGGUGUCAACAGAUUACGACAGUUAUGCUGUGGUCUGGUCCUGUUCAGCUAUUGACCUCAAAAUCAUUGAUCUUCACGGAGCCAUUGCUUGGAUUUUGACUCGAAAACGAGGUGUGCUUGAUGAAGACAGAAAGACGAAGAUAUACGAUAUCUUUAAAAGUUAUGACAUAGAUCCGUCCUAUUUCAAGAAGGUCGAACAAGAUAAUUGUCCUAAUUAGAGUUUCGUAAAUAUCUGAUUCAUUGCUUUUCUCCACACUUUUGUCUUUUAUACCUCAGUGGGCACUUUCACGAAACUUCAUCAAUGCAUUUCUUGGUGACAUUUCUUAUGAAAGACGUUCGCAUGGCAUCAAUGGUCUAAGACGAUCUGAUAUGUGGUGCAAGUUGUAAAAAUUUUUUUGAAAGUGAGCCAGUUAUAUUUUUGGACUUUUACUUUACAUAACCGGAAAAGAUAAAUAUUCUGACUUUUUAAUAGUUUUUUUCGCCUUUUGUAUUGUAUUUUUCUGUAAGUAUUGUCUUAUUACACAGAAAUUUUAUAUUGUUUCUUAUGUAUUGUUCCAUUAUUGACGAAAUCCAACAUGCAAGUAUCCCAGCUGGAUAAUGUGUAUAUAAGUGACAUGAUAAGAAUAUGGUGUAACCAAUUUCUGAUGUAUGUGUGACCAUUUACAUAUCUAACUCUUGUCUUGAAAGUUUUUGUUAAAGAGUUCUUCUUUUUCUUUAUUGUGUCUUUAUACCAACUGUCUAACCUCUAAAUGAUUUCCAUCGUUUCAAGAAUUUUAUCGAACGCCUAAUCAGAAGUGCUAAAAGGGAGAAUACUUUAUGGCAUGAAACGUACUUUAUGGCAUGAAACGGCGAAAUGCUAUAUAAUUGCAAUUUAUAGUGUUUCACCAAUUUAUUAAUGUCAUCAACAAAAUGAAAAAGAUGUGUAAUAAGUGUCAAUCGAUUUGUAAGUUGGGAAACUUCAGUGAAUUAAAAAUGUUUCUGUCAUCUCUGAA